UAAAUCAGUAAGUUUCUAUCCGACACGUUCCAACAGAACAUGAGAGAAAGUUGAUCGGCAGUUAUCUUUCUGAUAACGUCGCGAAAUAUUCAAGAUAUGUUACGUAUAACAACUAAACUAGCGAACUGAUUAUUAAAUAGUGACUGUAUACAAAAGUUUGAAGGAUAACCGAGAAGAUGAGGUGCACAAUUAUCAAAAAUUGGAAGUUGAAGAACGAGAAGUGUGUCCAAUGUACUCGGUACUGCAGCAUUCUUAUAGACAAAGUAACUCCUGCCGGGUUGCUUUUGUGCAAUUCGUGCGGAGGCUUUUCUUAGCACUAAUAUCAGUGCUUCGAUGAACGGUGAUGCGGUCUACGAAAAAUGAUUACGUCAUAUACAAAGAAACAAAUCCAUUACGGAUUUAAAAUUAAUUUUAAAGGACGUGACACGAGGCAAUGACGAGAAUUUUCGAAUAAGUUCGAUCGAUUUUAUUCUUCUAACUAGUCGACUAUAUGCGUUUCAUUUUCUAGUCCGCGACACCAUUAGCGUUUUCAACCGAGUAUAUAUUAUACGAUUGAACGUGUGAUAGCACGUUAAAAAAUUUAUUUAAAGUUCUACAUGAUGUAUAAUCAUGAAUAAUUCAACGCAAACUACUUGAAACGGCUUUGGGACACGUUUUAAAUAACGCGGCAGGUCAAACAAAAUCGCCGUCCGAUAAAAAUUCAACUAAAAAUAAAAGUAUUAAAAAAAUUUAAAAAAAAGUUCUUUCGGUGCGUAAUUAUGAAUAAUUAAACGUGAACACACACUGUUUAAAACAGUUUUUAGAGAAAUAUCACGGCAUGGCAAUGCAUACCAUACCGCUUGAUAGAAAAUUUUAUUGAAACCUGCGUGACGAUAAACACGUGUGUGCAUAUUGAAAAAUUAACAAAGGAAGCAACUUUUUCGACAUAUAAUUAUCUGUAAUUCAACGCGAACUGCUUGAAACGGCUUUCAAACACGUUUUAAAUAUUACGGCCGGGCAAAUCAACUCGCCGUUUGAAAAAAAUAUAAGAAAAUUCACGCGAGACAAUAAGCGCGCGCGUGUAUGUAGAAAAAUUAACAAAAAAAAAGAAGUCUUGUUCGACGUAUAAUUAUUAACAAAUUUACGUGAACUACUCUUGCGAAACUGCUGACGAACAAGUUUUAAACUUACGCGGUAGGGUAGAUCAGCUCGCCGUUCAAUAAAAAUUGAUUUAAAUUCGCGUGACAACAAGCACGUGAAAUAUAAAAAAAAGGGGAGGGGAGAAAGACAUUCGACAGAAAUCGUCAGAAAUUAAAGACACGAAUUGCUUGAAACGGCUAUUCGUGUGCAUUUAAAAUUCCCGCGGCCAUCUCGCCGUGCGACGACAGAGACCUCUUUCGAUGUCGCGCGAUAUCAUCGAUAUGUCACCUACCGGAAAGUGUCAAGGAACCAUGAGGAACGAGGAACAGCUGCGUUAAUACCGCGGUAACCUGCUGCCAAGAUUUAGGCGGGGAGAGCAACACAGAGACAGGCGGCCGGCUGAUUCGCUACGUUGCACCGCUUUCUUCGGGAUACUCGCACCGCUCUCACAAUCCGACUGAUACGCGAAUUCGGGUACAAAUCGAUCAAUCGUUCCCAACUCGCGUCGUCAGCCACGCAUAACAUUCGCGCCUGACUCGUCAUCGUCCAAAAAUACAUACCGGUCGACGGACGAAAAAACGUACUGACAGACGAAGAGGUGGAGAGGAGGUGCAGGGAGAUCGACUAGCUAAAGCAAGAUCGCGCUUUGAAGACGGCGAACGGUAUCUCGAUAGCGCGCAUAAAUUGUCGUCCCGACAAUGGACAAGACGAAAUUGGUGAGCAACGAUCUGGAGCUGCCACCGUUGCGCAGUCUAGACGACUUCCUCCUAGGAUCCGCUCGCUUUCAAUUACCGAACCUGAAGGACUUGGAGAAAUGGGGCAACCGCGUGGUCAACAAUCUCCUCUACUAUCAGACCAAUUACUUGUUCAUGUCUGUCAUCAUCUUCCUCGUCGUCGGAUUGAUUCAUCCAGUUAAAAUGCUAGUUGGUAUGUUGGCUAUGUUGGUUAUCUUGGGUGUAUUCAUCUAUGUAUCCAUGGAAGGAAGCGCAGCAUACAACUUCAAGAAACAGUAUCCAGCGAUUGGAGUUACUUUCAUAAUAUUAGCUGGGUGUUUUCUAACAUAUACUUUGGGAUCUCUCAUUGUUUUCUUUCUGGGAAUAUUGCUUCCAUUUUGUGUGACUUUUGUGCAUGCAUCACUGAGAUUAAGAAAUAUAAAAAACAAACUUGCCAACAAAAUCGAGGGCAUUGGAUUGAAACGCACGCCGAUGGGUAUUUUCCUGGAACAUCUCGAAGACGUGACUGGUUUCGCCUUGCGUGCACAGACCUCUCUCGUACUACAACCGCCUCACUAAUAUCCUGCUUUGCGCAUCAGGUUGUAUAUAAAUCAAAUUGACAGAAGUUAACGUCAAUAAGCGUUAACAUUUGUUGCUACUGCAGAUCUAAUCGGGCCACAAAUUGCCUGGUGUUGCCGCGGUUGAGAACAUUCAUUUAACAGGUUAUAAAAUAAACAAAUAAUCUCUCUCUCUCCACGACACUUCCGGAAUACAAAUUAUGACCAGAUAUCUGUGACUUAAAUCAAGAACGAUCUAAAUUACUUCACACAUGACACGCUAUACCAAUUUAUUUAUAACUAUUUUCACAAACUUCUUCAGAUAUUUAUAUUUUAGGGUUAUCACAAUUUGAGGAUAUACAAUUUUUAAAUCUUGUAAUAACAGCGUGUUGAAUGUGCCGUAUGUAUAUG